UUUGAAUAUUACUUUACAUGCACAGUAUUUUAGUUACUAUGUCCUACAACUAAGAUUUCCAAUGAAAGAUAAAUGAUGAAUUCAGAGGUGAGAGUUGCCCAAAAAGCAGUAAAACAACAUUUGAAAAUCACAAAGGUAAUGGAAAGGAAGAGCAAUAACUGUUGAAAAGUCAUCAAUCUUAAAAUCCCAUUGGAGAGCAUGACUGUUUGGAGCUUCCAUACUGAGUGUGUGCUAAAAAAGCAAAACCUUCCAUUAAGUUGUUUCCUGAACCUCAGGAACAUCCCUGUGGGGGAAGAAAAAGAGACAAGGGCUUUUCUUUCACGUCAAAUGCCCUUAGAGAGUUGGCCCAGUUAAAGUUCGCUGCCACACAUGUCAGAGACGUUGUUUGCAAAGGCCAGAGUUUAAGUGGAGAUCUUUUCAGCUGCUCUUCUCCAGGCUGUGCUAAAGUGCUGGAAUCACUGCUGAAGGUAUGUGCUGUGAAGACCACUCCAGCUGAAGACCCCCGCUCUCUUCAGACUGCAGGACUACAUUCAUAACACCUGCAGCCAGCCAGACAGAAGGCAGAUGAUGAGUUUGGCCUGCGUUCAGCUGUUCUUUGCUGCCAUGUUGUGGACACUGCCGUGCACCACAGCAUCUGUGGCGGUGAGCAGCGCAACACAGCUGCUUCAUCUCAAAGAGGUUUCUAUGGAGGCCCUGCUGAGCAACAGCAGCGACACCAGCGCGCCUCGAACGCGGCGGAAACGCUUCAUCUCCAGUAAAGAUAUGACAGCCAUUCUGCACUAUCACAACCGCGUGCGCUCACAGGUCUUCCCACCUGCAGCAAAUAUGGAAUAUAUGGUGUGGGAUGAGAGACUGGCUAAAUCUGCAGAGUCCUGGGCCGCUCAGUGCAUUUGGGAUCAUGGCCCGCCUCAUGUUUUGCGACACAUUGGACAGAACCUGUCCAUCAUCUCUGGAAGAUACAGAUCGAUCACUGACCUGGUAAGAUCCUGGUAUGAUGAAAGACACUAUUUCUCCUACCCUAACAGAUGCAGUGGCUCUGUCUGCACACACUACACUCAGAUGGUGUGGGCGACCAGCAAUAAGAUCGGUUGUGCUAUCAGAAGAUGUUCAAACAUGUAUGUUUUUGGGAGUAUGUGGAAACAGGCCUCCUUUCUGGUUUGCAACUAUUCUAUCAAGGGGAACUGGGUUGGAGAGGCUCCAUAUAAGACAGGGAAACCAUGCUCUGCAUGUCCCUCAAGUUAUGGAGGAUCAUGCAAUAAAAACCAGUGUGACUCCAGAUCAAAAUCCAGAAGAAAUGCAAGCGGUGUCAGAGUCUAACAGAUUAAAAAACCCCUUAAAAUAAUAGGACUCUCUUAAAAAAAUAAAUAAAUAAAUAAAUAAAUAAGUUACACAAUAGAAACCACUAAAAUGUAAAUUUCACAAUGCAAAUUAUUCCGUGGUCAUUUUUUUCAAAGAACUGAACGGCAUUUAAGUGCUGUAAAAUGUCCAAGUAAUUAAAUGUGUAACUGUCAAA